AUGAAAUUUUAUAAGUACAUUAGGUAUGUUGAACAUGUCAUUCACCAGUCACAUCUUGCAAUAAAUCAGAGACUAAAUACAAGGGAAAAACUUUGCACAUGUAACCCUUGUGGAAAAUCACUCAGUAUUAACUCACCUUAUGAAUGUAAUGACUGUGGAAAAGCCUUUGGACAAAAGUCAGUCCUCAGGAAAUGUCAACAAAUUCACACAGCAGAGAAACCUCAUGAAUGUAAUGACUGUGGAAAAGCAUUUGGAAGAAAGUCAUACCUCAUUUUACACCAAAGAAUUCACACAGAGGAGAAACCUCAUGAAUGUAAUGACUGUGGAAAAGCAUUUGAACACAAGUCACACCUCAUCAUACAUCAGAGAAUUCACACAGGGGAGAAACCUCAUAAAUGUAAUGACUGUGGAAAAGCCUUUGGAAGAAAGUCAGGCCUCAUCGUACACCAGCGAAUUCACACAGGGGAGAAACCUCAUAAAUGUAAUGACUGUGGAAAAGCCUUUGGACACAAGUCAGACCUCAUAAACCAUCAGCGAAUUCACACAGGGGAGAAACCCUAUGAAUGUAAAGACUGUGGAAAAGCAUUUGGAAGAAAGUCACACCUCAUCAUACAUCAGCGAAUUCACACAGGGGAGAAACCUCAUGAAUGUAAUGACUGUGGAAAAGCCUUUGGACACAAGUCAGACCUCAUAAACCAUCAGCGAAUUCACACAGGGGAGAAACCUCAUAAAUGUAAUGACUGUGGAAAAGCAUUUGGAAGAAAGUCAGGCCUCAUCGUGCACCAGCAAAUUCACACAGGGGAGAAACCUCAUAAAUGUAAUGACUGUGGAAAAGCCUUUGGACACAAGUCAGACCUCAUAAACCAUCAGCGAAUUCACACAGGGGAGAAACCUCAUAAAUGUAAUGACUGUGGAAAAGCCUUUGGAAGAAAGUCACACCUCAUCAUACACCAGCGAAUUCACACAGGGCAGAAACCUCAUGAAUGUAAUGACUGUGGAAAAGCAUUUGGACAAAAAUCAGACCUCAUAAACCAUCAGCGAAUUCACACAGGGGAGAAACCUCAUAAAUGUAAUGACUGUGGAAAAGCAUUUGGAAGAAAGUCAGGCCUCAUCGUACACCAGAGAAUUCACACAGGGGAGAAACCUCAUGAAUGUAAUGACUGUGGGAAAGCCUUUGGACAAAAGACAGACCUCAUCAUACACCAGAGAAUUCACACAGGGGAGAAACCUCAUGAAUGUAAUGACUGUGGAAAAGCCUUUGGACAAAAGUCACACCUCAUCAUACAUCAGCGAAUUCACAGAGAAGAGAAACCUCAUGAAUGUAAUGACUGUGGAAAAGCAUUUGGACAAAAGUCAGGCCUCAUCGUGCACCAGCGAAUUCACACAGGGGAGAAACCCUAUGAAUGUAAUGAUUGUGGAAAAGCCUUUGGAUACAAGUCAGCCCUCCUCAUACAUCAGCGAAUUCACACAGGGGAGAAACCUCAUAAAUGUAAUGACUGUGGAAAAGCCUUUGGAAGAAAGUCACACCACAUUGUACACCAGCGAAUUCACACAGGGGAGAAACCUCAUGAAUGUAAUGACUGUGGAAAAGCCUUUGGAAGAAAGUCAGGCCUCAUCGUACACCAGAGAAUUCACACAGGGGAGAAACCUCAUAAAUGUAAUGACUGUGGAAAAGCAUUUGGAAGAAAGUCACACCUCAUCAUACACCAGAGAAUUCACACAGGGGAGAAACCUCAUGAAUGUAAUGACUGUGGAAAAGCAUUUGGAAGAAAGUCAGGCCUCAUCAUACAUCAGCGAAUUCACACAGGGGAGAAACCUCAUGAAUGUAAUGACUGUGGAAAAGCCUUUGGACAAAAGUCAGACCUCAUAAACCAUCAGCGAAUUCACACAGGGGAGAAACCUCAUAAAUGUAAUGACUGUGGAAAAGCAUUUGGAAGAAAGUCACACCUCAUCGUACACCAGAGAAUUCACACAGGGCAGAAGCCUCAUGAAUGUAAUGACUGUGGGAAAGCCUUUGAACAAAAGUCAAACCUCAUAAUGCACCAGAGAAUGCACACAGUGUUGAAACUUCAUGAAUGUAAUGCCUGUGGAAAACUGGAUUUUAAGUUCCAACUCCAAAUGCAUCAGAGGAUUCACACAGGGAAAUAA